AACCGCCCCCCCUGUCCACCAAGCCCACAAACAGGGGCCGAUUCCUUUCCCUCUUCUCUGCGUGCGCCCAAUUCCUAUACCCACACACCUCAUCUCGGCGGCAACCGCGGAAUUCCGAGGUUUUGGAGCCAAGAAACCAGACCACGGAGAUGUCGGUGCUGGCCGAUCUGCUGGCGGAGGUCUUCCGGGAGCCCACGCUGGCCGGGGUCUGCCGGGAGCUCGCAACCCUCGCCGCGCCGCUCUGGCUCGCCGCCCUCGUCGGAUUGCUCGUCGGAUGGGCCUGGCGCCCGCGAUGGGCCGCCGCGGUCGUCGCCGUCCCGCACCACCAGCUGACGCCAGCGGUGCCACAGCCUCCACCUGCGCUGCCCAUCGCCGCGCCUGCAGCCAAGGAAUUUGCCGUCAUCCCCAGAGCCAAGGAGGCAGUGCCUUCGGCGGCGCCCGCGGCUGAGGAGGAGGAGUUGGCGGUGAACACCGAGGACUUGAAGCACCUCCGCCGGGUCGUCCAGGAGAAGGACGGCGGGCCGGCGUGGAUACACAUGAUGGACCGCACGCUGCCCACCUUCAGGUACCAGGCCUGGCGCAGAGACAUGGAGAAUGGCCCACCGCAGUAUCGUAGCAGCACCAUCUUUGAAGACGCGUCGCCGGACGUGGUCAGGGAUUUCUUCUGGGAUGACCAGUUCCGGAUGAGCAACACCUGGGACGACAUGCUGCUUCAGCACCACAUGCUGGAGGAGUGCACCGAGACUGGAACCAUGCUCGUUCGCUGGGUUAGGAAGUUUCCAUUCUUCUGCAGCGACCGCGAGUACAUUAUCGGUCGCAGGAUAUGGGCAUCUGGAAACACCUACUACUGCGUAACCAAGAGCGUGCCUCGUCCCUCUGUUCCAAGGAGCAGCAAACCUCGCCGUGUGGACCUGUACUACUCUAGCUGGUGCAUCCGUCCAGUGGAGUCAAGAAAUGGUGCGAUGACAGCAUGUGAGGUGCUCCUAUUCCACCACGAGGACAUGGGCAUCCCAUGGGGGAUCGCAAAGCUCGGCGUGCAGCAGGGGAUGUGGGGCUGCGUCAAGCGGAUAGAGCCUGGCCUGAGGGCAUACCAGACAGCGAGGGCCGCCGGUGAGCCCAUGUCCAAGUAUGCCGCAAUGGCGCACGUCAAUACAAAGUUUGUUGCCAAUGAGCUCAACGAUUCUGAAGGCGACAGCGAGGCUGGUUCAAGCAGCAACAACAACAACGCUAUGGCCGAGAAGCCAAAGCACUGGAUGGGGAACCUACCCAAAGUCUUCCUGAUCGGUGGUGCGGUCGCCCUGGCUUGCUCCUUCGACCAGGGACUGCUGACCAAGGCUGUCAUCUUCGGUACGGCGAGGAGGUUUGCGGGGCCAGGGAGGAGAUAGGAACCGGACAUCAAUGAUCCAAUGAUUCAUUCGUGCUUACCAUCGUUGUGAUGCUAUGCACAUUGUUCUGAUGCACAACUGAGCAGAGUUCUUCGGUAUUUCCAUGUAGAAAUGCCCAUAUUUGCAGAUGAAGACGGGUUUGUUUCGUGUUGGAUCGUUCAGAAGAGGAAGAACCUGUAAGCAGGCUUGUACAUACUGCUGGAGCUGCAGUUUGUGUGGCUCAUAGCUUAGCAGGUUAGAAUAGAACCAUGAUAAUGAUUUAUGAGACAGUUGGAUGUUGAGGCACAAUGUAUGAGGCUCAUGUUCUGGAGGUGCUAUAAAAUAUAGUGCUUUUUUGUUA